AUGAUGAAAGUCAUCUUUGAGACCAUUCAGGUUGUGUUGCAGAAACUACCGGUGGCUGCGAAGGCAAAUCCAGAUGGCUUGACCAUUACCCGGACACAGCCAUCGGUGUUUGAGGACCCGCAACACAUCAAUACCUCACGGAGCUUGAAGGUCGCUCAAGAUUACAAUCAUUUCGACAAAGCAGAGGUCAACGACAUGUCCAAGAUGACUUUGGGAUUGUUGGAAACCUCCUCAGCACGACUCUCCGGCCUCGAAUUGUUUGAAGUGGUUCUCAGGUCAGUUGCAGACCAGAUUCCUCCAAACGAUCAGUCUCCACCACAUGCGUGA